AAAAAUGAAAAGCAACAACAUGAAGCGUAAAAUUGUUCUUUAGAAGUUUUCUCCAAAGCUGAAAUGACUUCCUGUAUUUGAAUUUUAACUAUGACUUCAUUGGCUGAAGGUAGUGAGCCUGAUGCUUCAGCAGAAGAUGCUGCUCCUUGUAGCCUUGUUACUGGAGAAGAGAUGAUGCCAGAGGUUGUCAUCAGUGAUGAAGAGCAACAAGAAGAAGUAGAGAAUUGUCCGGAAGUACCUCCCAAAAUUUCUAAUGAAAGUAGACACUCUAUUGGGACUUUUUCGGUACCACAUAACAGCAGACUAGCUGGAGCCAGUGUAAGUCUUGGCACUGGAGGUGGUAGAAGUAAUAGGCCAAGUCAGAGUGAAAACACAUUAGCAAAAUCUCAAUCUGAAAUUCAAGUUAAUACUACAAAUUCUUUGUCAGUGAGUCAAACAAGUAAAAAUAGUCUGAUGACUUAUUCAAGUUCUGGUACUUUUUAUGAUCACUCGAAGAAAAGAGCAGAUAUACGAGUGCCACCAAAACCUGCGAAGCCUUCAAAUGGAAAAGAUGCUACGACUGAUUUUCGACAAAUGGAGCAAGGAUUGUUGCAGCUUCUUGAUGAUUUUCAUUCAGGAAAACUUGAAGCAUUUGGCAAAGGGCAAAAUUGUACUUUUGAAAAAAUGCAAAAUGUGAGAGAACAGCAAGAAAGACUUGCUAGACUUCAUUUUGACUUAAAUGCACAGCAAGAAAUUUGCGGACAACAUACAGAUGAAGGUAUACAAAUGGCAAAAGGAAACCUUUCAAAGCUCAUGGAAAAUUUACAGAAACUUAGUCUCUCAAUAGAACAAUUGCAGUCAGGGAGCCUUGGAGGUGAUGAUGAAAAAUAAUUUUGUUGUCUGUAACAAAAAAUACAGUACCUGUAUUUGUGCAAUUUUAGUCUUUCAUUUAAGAUUGUGUGUUUAAUUAUUCAAUUGUAUUUUCUGUUGUUUAUGCAUGCGUCUGGAAGAAACUUUCUGACAUUUGUGUAACAGAUUCAUUGUGAUAUUUUUAAAUUAAUAUUACUUGCUCAUUCAGCAAAAAAGUUAUCUUUAUGACACUAUAAAACUAAACUAAAGUAGUGGUUUUGAUCAACAAAAUAAUUGCAGAAAAUAUUCUU